CGUUUCGGGACGAUAGGGAUGUUUUUAUCCCGAAGAAAUUCAAAAAAUCGUAUCUGUCACAAUAUGGAAGCGAUUCGGUUCAAAACAGUCCCAAAUCAUACAUUAUACUCUUCUCUACAAAAACAAAAAUAUCAGCUGUUGGUUGGAGUCAUCAGUUUUUUAUUAAAUGUCAUUUUCUUAGACACGUUGUUGCGUAGAUGGUAUUUGUUUGGAAAAAGCUUAGAAAAUAAGUGAUUUUUAAUUGAAUUAUAGUUACAUUUUGUGCAAAAAGUGCUAAUCUAUUGAAAUAAAAAGUUUAGAAUAAAGAAUAACUUAUUUUCCUUAUAAGAAGUCAAGAGAAUGGAGAGACCACGCAGACUGGGUGUUUCACAAAUUCAGAACUUUUUGAAUGAAUCGAGUGAUGAGGAUGAUCUGUUUGCUGAUAGUGGUUCCGCAUACAGUCCCAGUGAAAAAAGCAACAUUGAUUCAGAAGAUGGAGAAAACACACAGCCCGGCAGAGCAUAUGAUGAAGAAAUGGAAAUUGAUCGUGGAAAUGAAAGUGCUAUAGAUGAAAUUGAUGGUGGAAAUGAAAGUGCUAUGGAUGAAAAUGAUGGUGAAAAUGAAAGUACUGAUGAUGAAAUAUACGAAAUUGAACGUUUGGAAGAAGAUAAUGUGAAUGAAUGGCCUGAUGAUAUUAUAAAAUGGACAGACCCACAACCGACAUUCAAGCCACGAUUCACUAUUAGCCAAGAACGAAUCAUUAGUAAUCAGGGCAUAACUCGUGGACUGACACCUUUGGAGGUAUUUUUCAAGCUAUUGCCUAGAAGCUUUAUUCAUCACAUAGUAGAUUGUACCAAUGAGAGAAUUGAUAUUCACAAUAUAAGCCAUGUAAAAAACAAACGAGCUAGAACCGAUUUUGGUGAGAUCCUCAUAAUUCUCGGAUGCACAUUUGUAAUGUCAUAUAAUCGAGCGCCUUCUUUGAAGGACUAUUUUUCAAAUAGCCCUUCAUUGGGGAAUCCAUACAUAAAAAAAGCCAUGUCCAGAGAUCGGUUCUUACACGUUAUGUCCAAACUAUAUUUUUCCUCGUUAUCAUACCAGCCUGAUCCAAAACCUAAAACAUAUUUCAUUGAUGAUUUGGUCAAUUGCCUCAAAAGCACCUUUCAAAAAUGUAGAUCCGACUCUCCAUUCCAAAGCAUUGAUGAGUCUAUGACCAAAUUUUUGGGUCGCUCUACCUUGAAGCAGUAUAUGCCAUUGAAGCCAGUGAAGAGAGGAAUAAAAUUAUGGAUGAGAUGCGACAGUAUGACUGGCUAUACUUACGAUUUUAAUAUAUAUUCCGGAAAAGAAGACAAUUCGCAUACAUCAUCCACAUUAGGCGAACGCGUUGUUAUGAAAUUGGCAUCGACCAUCGGACAUCCUGACACUACAUU